CUCCUGGUUAAUAAGUGGUGGGGAUUAUUUCUAUAUAACCGCUGGUAUAGCUGCCCGUCUCUCCAUAUUCUAUCUGUCACUACAAUUCUUUAAGCAUCGAACUCUCCGUUUACGUCUUUUGUGGAACCAAGAUGAGCCUGCUGUCAUUGGCCGUGGUGGUGACGGUGCUCGCAGCAGUGGCGACUGCCGAACCCGCGAUUAACGAAGCUCGGCCAAACAGUAACCGACCUGGAAGAUUUCUCACGUUGCCGAUAGCCCAAAAAUGUGCAAACCGACCAAAGGAAUUUAACUUCAAGGGCCAUAACUAUUUCUACAGUGGACACGUGCCAGCCCAUGCGAACCAAAAGGUCGACUGGUUGGACGCCAGGAACAUCUGUAGGGAAUACUGCAUGGACCUUGUGUCUCUUGAGACUCAAGAAGAAAACAAUCUUAUAUUCAGAUUGAUCCAACAGAAUGAUGUACCCUACAUCUGGACAUCGGGACGUCUCUGUGACUUCAAAGGCUGCGAGAACCGUCGUGAUCUUGAACCCAAGUCUCUUUACGGUUGGUUCUGGUCAGCGAAUCGCGAGAAGAUGUCACCUACCAAUCAGGUUCCUAAUGGCUGGGGUUACAAUCCUUGGUCUCAGACUGGUCACAAGAAGAUUCGUCAACCUGAUAAUGCUGAGUUUGAUAUCAAUGGCACCAACGAGUCUUGUCUUUCUGUCUUGAACAACGUUUAUAACGAUGGCAUCGCCUGGCACGACGUUGCUUGUUAUCACGAAAAGCCUUUUGUCUGUGAGGAUUCCGAAGAGCUUCUGAAUUACGUUGCCAGUACUAAUCGCGGAAUUCGUCUUUGAAUAAAUCAAUCAUUAUUUUUUUAAUCCUUAA